UGUGACAUGUGAUAACAUUUUCUUUUCUUAUUUUGUUAACAUUUACGUUUUUGUUUCUUAUUUUCAUUAAUUGUUCCGUGGUUUUGGGUGAAUUAUUUAAUCAUCAUUAUCCCUUUCGAUCAUAAUUACACAUUAGUAGACAAAAUGUCUAAUCCAGUUGAAUUAAAUGAAGGUGAUAUAUUUGGCCUUGGUAAUCCUUUACUUGAUCUAAUCUCAGAGGUUGAUGGCGAUUUCCUGGUAAAAUAUGGUUUAAAAGCCGACGAUGCUAUUCUUUAUGAAGAUAAGCAUCAGGGUUUGGAAAAAGAAAUGCUUACCAAAUAUCAAGUCAAUUAUGUUGCUGGUGGUGCUGUUCAAAAUACCAUGAGAAUUACUGAAUGGCUACUUGGAUUUAAGCCUAAUAUUUGUACUUACAUGGGUUGUAUUGGUAAAGAUGAAUUUGGUAAUAGAAUGCAGCAAGAAGCUAUCAAAGACAAAAUCAAUUGCAUCUAUCGUAUUGAUGAUAAUGAAAAGACUGGCUACUGUUGUGUUCUAGUUACUGAUAAAGGUAAAGCUAGGUCACUUGUCGCUUAUUUGGGAGCAGCAAAUCAUAUGAAAAAGGAGCAUCUCAUGGAGAAUUGGUCAUUUGUCGAGAAGGCUAAAAUUCUUUACGUUUCUGGUUUCCAUUUGACUGUUUGCGUUCCUGCCAUUUUAGAGGUUGCUAAACAUGCAGCUAAUUCAGACGAGAAACGAUUCUGUUUCAAUUUAAGUGCUCCUUUCGUUUGUGAAUUUUUCAAAAAUGACCUGAUGAGUGUUUUACCCUAUGUUGAUAUACUUUUCGGUAAUGAUACUGAAGCCUCAGCAUUGGCCUUGGCUCAUGGCUGGGAAGCUAAAGAAAUUUCAGAAAUUGCCAUGUUAAUCGCUAAAGGGGAAAAGGUUAACCCUAAGAAAUCAAGAAUGGUUGUGAUAACUCGUGGUGCAGAUCCAAUAGUUGUCGCAACAAGCGAUUCUGACUCAGUUUCAACUUAUCCCGUUGAUAAACUUGAAUCGGGAAAAAUCAUCGACACCAAUGGAGCGGGUGAUGCUUUUGUCGCUGGUUUCAUUUCUCAAUUGAUUCUUAAGGCAAAUGUUGAUAAUUGUAUCAAGGCUGGUUCUUAUGCUGCCCAACAAAUCAUCCAAUGUGAAGGAGCUCAAUAUCCCUCACAUCCAGCUCAAAUUAAAUUCUAGCUUAUUAAUUAGAUUGAAAAUAAUUCUUUGGUUUUUUUUCAAUUAAUCAUUUACAUUUUACUUUUGCUGCUUUAUUUCUAUUGGUUUUGGGACUGGAACAAUAUUUUUUCUUUCAACUUCUUAUCAAUAUACAGAAAAACCUUUAGUGCCAUGAUUAACUCAUUUUCUGGUUAACAAUUGAACAAAUUAUUUUGACUGAUUGGCUUACAUAAAUCAUUUUUUAUGUAUCCUUAAUGAUCAACAAUCAAAUAGUUUUUAAUGCAAAGAAAUCAUACAAGCAAAACCUUUGGAAUCUGCUUGAUUUUCUAAUACAAUAAAUACUUCUCUUCAUUAGGUGAUUAAUUUUUUUUAUCAAUUCUAAUUAAUUGAUUCACUGAGAUUAUCCUAAAUUCAUCAAUUAAUAAAUCGUUUUAUCUAAUCAUUUGAUUGGUAACUUGGAGAUUUAA